AUGGCGCCGAAGUCACGAGCCGUGCAACCAGACUUUGUCUUUCUAUCAUAUGCACCAAAUCAAAACCGUAAAUCUCAGGCGAUCCAAGACACUCAAAGGCGCGCUCAUGCCGCUCGAAAAUCGCAUGCAAUUGCCAGGCAACGAAGAGCCGUGCCUGAGACGAGCUCAAGUGAUGACGGAAGUUCUUCUGCUAGCCCGGAAAGCCCGAGCAAUCAACAACUUGAGACAGCCAGCUCCAACGAGAUAUUAGUUGGUAAAUCUACGGAGGUCGUCGAAGAAACGCACACAAUUCUCCUAAACGACGACCAUGACGAACGGCAGCCUGUUUUCAGGAAUGAUCAGUUGCAGGUAUGGAGGUCUAGAAAUGUUUCGCCAAACUCCCCAUUCCUGGGACAAGGAAAUGUUGACCCUUUCGAUGCUUUUGCGGAGAAGGGUCUCCCUCCAUAUGUUUUCAAAGUCCUAGAUAUAGCUGCGGACAUGAAAUGGGGACAUCUUAAACCUUCCGUCCUCAAUCAACGAUCCAAUCCGUUGAAGAGGGCCUGGCUUCGUGCGAAUAUGGAAUCUCCGGCAGUUUUACAUGCCAUGGUUUACGGCAUGCUAGUCUCCCUGGAUUCAAUCCAGUCGCCGGUCGAUCCCACUAACACCCUGGGUCUAAAGCAUCAGACGUUUGCCAUGAACCUACUUCAGAAGGAAUUGCGAACACUUGGCGACGGAACUCCACACCAAAAUCUUCUUCUAGCUGUGAUAACGCUUGCUGCGCACGGCGAACCCGUUCGUGGCCAAUAUAUCCCUCCCCUUGGUUAUCCUGAAUCCCCACUAGCAAAGACUCAAAACCUCCACAUAUAUGGACAAAUGAGACUGGCCCCUGAGCAUACGCAUGCGAUCUUUAUGAUCCUUGAACGGCUUGGAGGCAUUGAAGCGGUAACUCUCUACGGCUUGAGAGAUACUGUUGAGUUUUGCGACCUGUAUUUUGCCACUCGCUUCGGAACCUCUCCAAGGCUCCCAUAUCGCCACCCAAUCUAUCCACUGAUACCAGACAUCGAGUACGUUCCUGAUUCGAAGGCGGAGCACAUUCUCUUGAAAUCUGUCAGAUCUCUAGUCACACUUCCAACACUGGCCUUUAGCGAGUCUUAUAUGGAGGUCAUAGGAAUGGCUUGUGUGCUGCUUGCAGGCCUGGAUCAGUAUCUCCGAGAAACAGCAUCUGCCCCUAGCCUACCUUCGCUAGUUCGUGCGAGAUCUGUUUUCCAACAUAGGUUGACCUCGCUACAGCCGGUCGAUAUGGCGGUUGCCGUCUUUGAUGAACAGGUUCGCGAAAUAUGCCGGGUGACCUUACUCAUAUUUAGCAAUAUGGUCUUCUUUCCGCUCCCACAUGUCUCAGGCGUGAAUACACGGCUGGUCACCAGUCUACGCCACAGUAUCUCCAUCACUGGGGAUGAAAUUCUCCUGCAAAAUCUCGAAAUGAUGACAUGGGUUCUUAUGAUUGGCGGAAUCGCGGCUUUCCCUACUGAACAUCGCUCGUGGUUUGUUUCCACUUUCAGGCAUAAUCUCUUAUGGCAUGCAAAUGAUUGGAAAGAAGUCGAAGGAAUACUCGAGGCUCAUCUUUGGUGGGAUUAUUGCUGCGAAGACGCGGGGAAGAUCUUCUGGAAAGAAGUCCAUGCUGCACAUCGCAGUACCGGUUUAGCUGGUGAUGAAAUUGUGUUACCCUUCUACGGUCCACCCUAA